UUUCCGCACCAUAUUUACAAAAAAAAAAGAAAAUUUUGAUUAUUAGUUUACUUAUUAGAGUACUUUUCUUUUUUUUUUAUUUUUCAAGUAUCGUGCCCGGUUUUUAGCAAAAAUUGCCAUGGACUAUCGCGCUACGUAACCCGAUCGAAUAACGUAACAAUGCGUUUGGGCUGAAAUCAAAAAAUUCGUGCACAAAAUACCAAAAAAAAAUUUUGACAUGUGGAUGACAAAUGGGCCCCAUUAUGGCUGCUAAAAAGCAGGAUGAACCUUUAGAAAUUGAUAAUUGGGAAGAAAUCGAGGAAACUGAUGUUUUAGAAAAAAAAUUCAACAAUCUCAUCAUGCCUAGUUUAGAAGAAAACAGUAUAAAUGGUAACAUAGAAAAAGGUCCAAUAAAAGUAACCUUAACAGGAGAAGAUGCCUUAAGAUCACAAUACGUACCAUCAGAACCAACUGUGAAAAUUCUCAAACGUCCAGUGAAAGAGGAUCAAAGCACCAGUGACAACAGAAGAGCAGUACCGAAGAAGACUUUACAGCAAAGGGAGCAGGCCUAUGCCGAGGCUAGACUGCGAAUAUUAGGAGAAGCCAGUUCAGAAAAACAGGAAGAAAGAUUAAGUAUAGCGAAACCAAAAGCAUCAGAAGCAGAUACUGUAGUAAGAAUGCCCCGGGGACCUGACGGAACACAAGGCUUUAAUACUCCCAGAUAGUAGAUAAAUAAUGCAUGUAAAUAUUGUUGUAUAGAUAAGUAAAAACGAAAUCAUCCACUUACUCCCUGUUUAAAUCUAUUUCUAGAUUAAUUUUUCAUUCUUCAUAGUUUUUUCCCAUAUGUAGGAUUAUGUUUGCUUUUUUUUUAAUAUUUUUUAUGUCCCUGAUGCACAUGAUAAGACUUGAAAAGUGCAAUGUUAAAAUAUUAGACAAUACAUAUUUUUAUUGUAAUAAUUAAGAUUUUUUACCCGAAAAAAGACACGGCAUUUAUAAUGUUCCUUAUUACAAAUGUAUCACCCUAUGUAGGAACUCGAUAGACUUUUCUGACAAUUGACUUAACUAUUAGGCCUUUUACAUCUGUGCGGGUUGGAAAUGAACUAAACGUCAUCUUUAGUUAUGGAAAGUGUGGAUCAGGAUGUCAUGGAUAUAAAACCUCAAUAUAGCCUAGUCAGUUGUAAUUUAAAAACAGACUCUCUGAUAUCAUUUUCUUCCCUUAAAAUGCUUAUAGGUUUGUAUAUUUAUAUAAAAUAUAUAUAUAUUCAGGUCUCCCUGUACAUAUUGAUUUUACGUGAGUAAAUUGUGAAAUGAUAUAUUUUGAUGCUAAAUUAAACUUAUUAUAUUUGG